AUGCAAGGCGAAGAACUAAUAAAGUACGCCUCCGACGCCGCGGCGCGCGGCGACGACCUCUUUACCCUACUGACCUCCGAUACCACCCCAAUCGACGCCACCUCCACCGAAGCCGACAUCCGGCGCGCCUUCCGUCGCAAAGCCCUAACCGCGCAUCCUGACAAAGCCGGCGAUGCCUACGAUCCAUUACUCUACGAGCGGCUCGAGCGGGCGCGCGAUGUGCUCCUCAACGCCGAGGCGCGUGUCGCCUACGACAACGGCAUGCGCGCCAUCCUGCAGAAGAAGGCGACGCUGGACGCCAUGUCGGCGAAACGAAGAAGAUUGGUAGAGGAGCUGCACGAGCGCGAGGAGGCGGCGAAGAAGCAGAAGAUGGAUGAGGCGAAGGGGAAGCAAGCAGUGGCGGCGGAGGUGGAGGCCAUGGCGAGGAAGGGUAGGGCCAAAUUGGAGGAGAGGAGGAGGCUGAUGAGGGAGGCAGAGGAGAGGGAGCAGAGAGCGGCUGCGGCUGCGGCUGCGGCUACCGAGAAGCAAAAACAACAGAAAAAGGAGGAGGAUGUGAAGAUGGGCGGUACCGGCACCGAUACUGAACAGCCUCCAGCAGCUGACGGCGUCAAUGUCAGUGGCGGCGGAGAUGAUUACGACUCCAAAAUCGCUGAGCUAGAACGCAAGCUCGAAGAGAAGCGACAGCGGAAAGCAGAGAAGGAGAAGCGGAAAGCGGACAAAAAAGCGGGCGCGGGCAAGGACGGCGAAAAGGACAAGGACAAUCAAGACAAACCCCCCUUUACUUCCUCCACUUCCAAUACGACACAAAAAGAGGAAGAGUCAAAGGCUGACGAAAACAAGGCAGCCCAGCCACCACAGCCAGCACCGGUACCGUUGUCGACGACGGCGACAACAGAAGGUACGGCUGCUGCUGCUGCUGCCCCCGGCGAGGCUCCCAAACCAGCAGUCGGGGGUGGUGGCUUCGCAGCUACCAUGGCGAGGCUGAAGGCCGCUCAGGCGAAACGGGAUGAAGAACGGAGGAAACAGGAGGAGUCUGAAGCUGCCGCGGCACAAGCAGCGCAGGCUCAGUCGUCGUAG